AUGGCCUGCUCGCAGUUUCCCCAUGGUUACGUUGGCAGACCCCUGGGCUGCGAGCACGCAGUGAACCGGCAGAUCCACCUGGACCUCUACGCCUCCUACUGCUACCUGGCCAUGGAGCACUACUUCGACAGGCCCGACGUGGCGCUGGAGCACUUCGCCAACUUCUUCCAUCGCCUCUCCCAGAAGGAAAGGAAGCAGGCCAUGGUCCUCAUGGAACUGCAGAACAAGCGAACCGUUGACAUCUGCUUCUGGGACAUUCUGAAGCCCGGGCAUGAAAACAAGUGGGAGAACGGGCUGAAAGCCAUGGAGUACGCGCUGUCCCUGGAAACCCGCGUCUACGAGAGCCUCUUGGACCUGUACAGGCUGGCGCAUCAACUGCGUGACCUUUACCUCUGCAACUUCUUGCAAACCCACUGCCUGAAUGUGCAAAGCAAGUAUGUCAAGGAGUUGAGCAAUCACGUGACCAAUCUGUGCAAGAUGGUCAACAUGUUCACCGACCUGGAUCAGUACCGCUUUGACAACCUUGAUGACACCAAGAAGGAGUGA